GGCACUGCGCGUGCGCCUCCGUGCUGGGCUCGACAAAGUUGCCUCGGAAUUAAAAGGGCCCGCUGCCUGCCCGAAGUUGGUUAGAAGGCAAGGGGUGUUAAGUUGUGGACAGCACUUUGUCAUGGGACCUGUGCCGUUGGGAAUAUUGCUUUUCAUUUUGACUGCAUGCGUCCCAGCUUGGGCUGGGGCGCCGAAGGAGGAGGACGAUGACACAGAACGCUUGCCCAGCAAAUGCGAAGUGUGUAAGCUGCUGAGUCUGGAGCUACAGGAACAGCUGAGACGCACUGGACGAUCUCGAGAGGUGCUGGAGCUGGGGCAGGUGCUGGACACGGGCAAGAGGAAAAGACACAUCCCUUACAGCGUUUCAGAGACAAGGCUAGAAGAGGCCUUGGAGAAUUUAUGUGAGCAAGUUCUGGAUUACAGUGUUCAUGCUGAGCGCAAGGGCUCACUGAGAUAUGCCAAGGGGCAGAGUCAGACCAUGGCAACGCUGAAAGGCCUGGUGCAGAAGGGGGUAAAGGUGGAUCUGGGGAUCCCUCUGGAGCUGUGGGACGAGCCCAGUGUGGAGGUCACAUUCCUCAAGAAGCAGUGUGAGAAAAUGCUGGAGGAGUUUGAAGAAGUCGUGGAAGACUGGUACUUCCACCAUCAGGAGCAGCCCCUGCAGCGUUUUCUCUGUGAAGGUCAUGUGCUCCCAGCUUCUGAAACUGCAUGUCUACAGGAAACUUGGACUGGAAAGGAGAUCACAGAAGGGCAAGAGAAGACCGAAGGGGAGGAGGAGCAAGAUCAAGAGGAGGAGAAGGAAAAGGAAGAAGAGAUGACUAGCGCACCAGGCCACCCCACGCAUGACCCAGAGGACCUUUGA